AAUCUAUAAAUAUGAUAUUAACCUUCGACGCGAGAUAUUACAUGUCUAAAACCACUCGCAUCAAUUGUGUUUUAUCCUUAUACAUACAGAAAAGUAUCAUGAAAAUUGUGAUGAUUAUCAUGGCCGUCAUGACAGUUGUUUACGGAUACAACUCCAAACGCACUGCAAGGUUUGGAAAAUAUUAUAUUGAGUACAACAAAUCAUAUGGUUAUGAAAGGCUUACAUUGUGCCACCAAUCGUUCAAAUGUGCAUUAAGUAAAGAGGGUCAGGUUUUUGGCCGAUACGACCAAUUGUCAGAGGCUAAAUUCUUGGAGUUUUUAAAGGAUGUCAUCUCCGACGAAACGGAAUCGCAAAAAUUACAAGAAUUAUUCAAAUCUUACUAUAAUGAAGCGUAUGAAAACAGACAAGACAAAUAUUAUCCACUGACGGAAAAUAACUUUAUAGAUAUUUUGAUGAGUAGUAUGCUAAUAUUCUUUUGAACCCAGAAUAAAAACGAAUUACGGAUUAUAUUUUAAUAUGACGAAACACACACGCUACCUUCAUAUGUUUUCUGGAUAUUUUUUUUGUAUAACAUUCUCUGUAUGUUAUUUGACUUUCCUUAAAUUGUUGGACGUUUAUAACAAAUUAUUAAUGAAAAGUUCUGCUAUAGAGGAAGAUUUUUGACGAGAAUGGCCGGGAUUUAAGGAAUGCAUUUUUGACAUUCAUUGAGGAUAUUAUUUCCCACGAGGGCGAAAUGAAUUGGGCGAGACAGUUAUUUAGGGAAUGCUGCUACGAAGUCAAGCACCCUUUAGAGAAGGACAGUGAAGAAGAGAGCAACAAGAUUUGCAUGUGCACCUUGCCAAUCUUGAUUCUAUUUCAAAGCCGAGAAUAAAGACGAAUUACAGAACUUCCACCAUACUUAUGAAAGACUUCAUGAUCUUCACAUUUUCCUGGAUUUUUCGUCUAUUACUUUAAACAUCGGUUAAUAUUUUUCGAUUGAAUUAUAUGUCCAUGAUAAUGAUUCAAUAAAAUAUCGUUAUCCUAAAAAGAAA